AUGUAUAUUUUACUUCCGUCUUCUUCCUCACAUUUCUUCUUCCCAACAAUCUACGAUCAAGUUGGUUCUUCAGUCAUCCACUCCGGCUCUGGACUCGAUUAUUCACCUAUCGCUUGUCCUGGUAUUCGAGGCCUUUCCACUUCCAGUGGUCGUUCUAACCCGAGAAGUCCUCUUUUAUCUUCAUUUGCUUUGCCAACCUCCUUACCCCUCUCUGCCCAUUCUAUUCCUUCAUGUUCCAUUUCGGCAUCAACUGCCUCUUCAAACUCCGGGCAUUCUCCUGCUAUGUCGACGUUCGCUAAUAGUUCCUGCACUUCAAUAGCAUCUUCCCACUCAUCUGUACUUCCUAGUAAUAUUGGCGGCUCCAGCUCCAAUGAAAAUUCUUCUGCCUCAUCACGGUCAAUCAGACCCAUUGGGGAAGGUACUUUAAUUGCGGAAAAUCCUGCCGCUUCCGGAACUAGCCAAUCGCUACUAAAUACGUCAGCGACUAUGGCUGGGUCUCGGAUAAUGGACCAUGAGCUCUCUAGCCAGCGCCAUUUGGAUCAUUAUAUUCAUAGCCUUCUUGUUUCCGGCCGCCUUUCUCCUGCUGAUCUGCCUGGUCUUCUCACCAGUUUACAAUCGGGGCUCUUACCCUCUCUUAGUCAUCGGCCUCAGCCGCUACCUCAAUCCUCUGGCCCGCCUUCAUCGGACAACGACGCCAACGGUUGUGGAGGCAUCAACAGUAAUCGCAAGGACAUACGAACCGUUGUCCCGUUUACUGGUCUUGGUCAGCAAUCGACCACUCCGAUCAAUGAUUAUACACGUCGAAGCUAUCAGCGCAUCUCUCCUAGCCAUUCCACUACUACCACCGCCAUCAACACAAGCAGUAUUGCCAAUUCUAUCAUAUCCGCAAAGACUGGUUCCACUGCCACCGCUCCUUUAACAUUAUGUUCUGAUUCAGGUGUAAAUGGAUCUGGUCUGUUGUUUAAUGCAUCUCGAAGUUCUGUUCCCCCAAAGAAACUUCAUUGGGCGGAUGCUCAUGUCCGUCUCGCCUGGUUCAUCUACCAGAGCCAGCAACAACAACACCGGCAUCGACUUAAAAAUCUGCGAGGGGGUGAAACAUCUGUUCCGGUUUCCGCAUCUUCCUCUAUCCUAGCAACUUCCACGGAAAACAUGAGUUUAUUAAGUAGUGAAAUAACCUUCAAAUCGCACAAAGGCGGUUCUGGCCCCAUCAGUUGCAUCGUUGCAGGCACUGAUUCAUCCAUCAGCCCUUCAACUGGCACUUCGCCUUGUUCAACUUUUUGCUUGCCUCCUGCGACUUCAUGUCUGGCCCACAGUCCUCGAAUCUCUCCAAAUGCACAACAGCCACUAGUUUUGCCUGUCCGUCCGAGACCUAUUCGUACUAAACCUGCCAACCUGAGUCAGCAGUCGCCGCAAAUUUUGCCUGCUGUUCAAACCGUUACACCGGGCAAUCAUACUGCCGGUUCGCAACCAGCACAAAGGGCUAUGAAUUUCCCCCCACCAUUUCCACUAUUGUCUCCAUCAACACCUGGGGGAACAGUUGGACCAACUGGGUUGUCUCAGCAGUCACGCCGGGUUGCAGCAACGCGCAAUAGUCCAGUCAUACCAUCCUUGCCUCCUAUGCCCGAGCCCUUAUCAAACAGCAGUCUCUCACGCUUUUCUUGUUUAUUCCCCUCCACACCGGCUACAAUGGACAGACACCUCGGCCUGGGGUCUCUUAGUGCUGGUCAAACACUUCAGCUGCCACCCCCAUCAUUGCCAGGCCAGCCUGUUGAUACGCCAACUUUUGGCACUGCCAUUACUUCAUCGUCCGCUGCAACUGAAUCUACGGCUCCGUCAAUACCGGCUUCUCCACUCACAUGGGCACGCUUGGCUGAGGUGAUGAUUGCCACUGGCCUAGUGAAGCCUAAUCCCAAUGCCGGAGCAUCUACGGGAGGUCUAAGUAGUGUCGAAACAUUGGCCGCUGCCCUGGCUGCAGCAGCCCCACUUGCUUCCUCCAGUACUGGCGGAAGUGAAUCUUACUCAUAUCUUGAAUCUGUCUUGCCUGGUCUGCCCUUGCCUUCUCAUAUUCCCUCUUCAUCGUUAGCUUCUUAUUCUUCCCCUUCUUUUUCCUCCUGUCAUCUUCCAUCGCCUUCCAUCACUCCUACGGGUACUCCGAUUGGCAAUUGGUUCCCUACUAUGUCCAGCCACAAUUCGACUGAUCUCUGCACUAUUUCAUCUACUGCAUCUCCGACAGUCCAUACCACUCACACUCAUACUCACAGCCACUACCAGCACACUCAAAACUCACACCCAAAUCAGCAAAACCCCUCUUAUCACCAUCAAUUCCAACAGCAACAUGGUUUUCCUCCUAUCCGACCCAUCCAACCCCCUCGUUUACCAUCAUCUUCCCUUCCUCCCGUCUCCUGCUCUACCUCCAUUCCCACUAACAACAACAUCGGCUCUUCUGGCUCGUCUGGCUCCGGAUUUAGUUUGCCUGAUACGAAGCGUCCUCGGCUUUCCUUGACUAGUGACUGUGUCCCAGCAUUUUUGCGCUCCGUUUAUGCCUAUUCCGAUCCCUUAGGCGGUGAUAUCCCUAGUGGCGGAACUACUGCUGCCGCAUACCACUCUAGUAGCUGUCGUUCGCUUCCUGCUCCCGCACAUCAGUCAGCCAAUUCGGAACGCAGCUGCAAACAGAGGCAAGCGGUUGAGUCUACUUCUCCUGGGGGACCUGUUACUGGCAGCGGUGGUUUCCUUAAUCUUGCCACUCAAGUUUCCACAAUCCAAGCACUACACGCGCUUCACGCGACCGGAUCACUUUCAUUGCCACAGUCUGCGUCCUCAACCGCCUCUACCACCAGUAAUAGCCAUGCUAGCACUACUACAACCACUAAUCCACUCCAAGGUCGUCCACCGAAUUCACAGCACCUACUUAACACGUAUAAUCAACAUUACCAGCCUAAAUUACAACUUCAGCAUUCGGCUAAUCGGUCUGCGCAUUCUCUCUCUCUUUUGCCGACUACAGUUUAUGAACAUCACUCUCAAUCUUUCGCCCAUCCAUCUCAUACAUACUCACAGGUCCAUCUGAACCCACAAACUAACAUCCAGAGUCAGCCUCCUCUUCUUUCCAUUCCUUUGUCUUCUACAGGACUUUCCAUUUCUAAUCCCCUCCACAAUCAUCGUAUCUCGCCUUUGCAGCAUCACUAUAACAGCCAGCAGCAGCAACAGCAAGCCAUGGCAGCUGCUAUUUUCCUUAAUGGGGCCUGCUCACAAGCCCAUUCUUCCAUUAUUUCCAAUGCUACUCCUUCCUGCCAUUCUUUCUGCUCUCCUAGCAUUGCCUCUAACUCUGUUCCUGCUAACUCAUCCACUGACCUCGCUCCCUCAUGUCUUCUAUCUCCUACACUCAGUGGUUUGCCACUCUCCUCUAUUCCCUCCAAAUUCCCAACUUCCUCGUCCUGUCUUUCUCCUCAAAUUCCUCCUGUACUGGCUUCUGGUUCGUCUAUCUCCUUACUUAACCCUCAGCAUUCAUCAUAUUCUCAUGCUCCCUAUUCUUACACACUUACUCCGACCUGCAUGGCAACUUCCCACUUCGCAUACUCUGGACAGCCUCAACUCUCAUCUACGGUAGCUCCCUCUAGACCUUUAGCUAGACAGCUGAGGUUUUCCGUGCCCAACGAACCCAUUCCACCAAACUCAACACGUUUGGCCGGAAAUGACACUACCGGCAGCUAA